CUGAUGUCAGGGCUGUAGUCGAGGGAUCGCCUUCGCCCGGUGGCUUCACCCGGGGGACCUUCGUGGCUGUGGCGGUUUUGUGGUUACUUUGAGAGAGAUGGAGCUUGCCGCAGAUCUGGGUCUGAUCAUCGUGCUGUGGUUUGCCGCGGAGCCCUGGCCGGUCGAUUCAGGCUCAUCUGUUUCACUGGAUCCACCAUCCCUUAGUAUCCAAAAAUCUAUUGUUACUGUAACUGCAAAUGAUACACUACAAAUUACUUGCAGUGGUGAAAGAGCUUUGGAAUGGCUUUGGCCUAACAACCAGACAAGUUCUGAAAACCGUGUAGCGGUGACUGACUGUACAGACAAUGUCUACUGUAAGAUGCUCACACUUACCAAAGUCAUAGGCAGUGACACAGGGGCCUACAAGUGCUCUUACCAAGACAACACUACAACGUCAAGUAUUUAUGUUUAUGUACAAGAUUUUACAGAUCUUCCAGAUUACAGAUCUCCAUUUGUGAAAUCAGUUAGUGAUCAAAUUGGCGUUAUAUAUAUAACUGGAAACAAAACUGUGGUGAUACCAUGCCUUGGGUCUACAUCAAACUUAAAUGUAUCACUUUAUGCGAAGUAUCCAGACAAAAUAUUUGUUCCUGAUGGUAAAUCAAUUACAUGGGACAGUCAAAAAGGUUUCACCAUCCCCACCAACUUGAUCAGUGAUGUUGGCAUGGUCUUCUGCAAAGCUAAGAUAGAUGGUGAAAGCUAUCAAUCUGUGAUGUACAUAGUGGUUGUUGUAGGGUAUAAAAUUCAUGACCUUACUAUGCAUCCUCCUCACCAAGUAGAGCUGGCAGCAGGCGAGAGGUUAGCUAUAAAUUGUACUGCAAGGACUGAGCUGAACGUGGGCAUUGUCUUUGAAUGGGACUACCCAGCUAACAGACCCCCAGCAAACAAGAAAAAGCAUGUUACAAUAAGGGAUGUAAAGACCUUGUCGGGUGAUGAAGUGAAGAAGUUUGUAAGCACUCUUAUCAUAGAACACGUGACCUUAUAUGACAGAGGUCAUUACAGCUGCAUAGCCUCCAGCACCCGUAUGAUGAAGAAAAACAGUAUUAAUGUCAUUGUUCGGGAAAAGCCUUUUAUCACUAUGGGCAGAAUGCCGUCUUUGGUGGAGACAAGACUGAGUGAACCAGCUAAAAUUCCUGUGAUAUUCAAAGGGUAUCCACCUCCAGAUGCAAAAUGGUAUAAAAAUGGAAAACCCAUAGCUGCAAAUCGUACUAUUAAACUUGGUUACUCCUUGACAAUUACUGAAACAAGUGAAAGAGAUGCUGGGAAUUAUACUAUUGAGCUGACCAAUCCCAUUAACAAGGAGAAGGAGAAGCACACAUUCCGUCUGGCUGUGAAUGUUCCACCUCAAAUUGGAGAGAGUGCUCUUUUAGCUCCUGUGGAUUCUUAUAAAUAUGGUUCCACGCAAGUCCUAACAUGUACGGUAUAUGCUGUUCCAGCAGUAGCCAAGAUUCAGUGGUACUGGCAGUUUGAGGAAGAAUGCACUUUCAAUCCACAACAAGCUGGACUAGGGAACAAUCCCUAUGCCUGUAAGAAAUGGAAAGACAUUACUGAUAGAAGAGGUGGAAAUCAAAUUGAAAUAGUAAAACCCCAAUUUGUUGCUAUUGCUGGGAAAAUGAAGACUGUGAGCAGCCUUGUAAUUCAAGCAGCAAAUGUGUCCGCUUUGUACAGAUGUGUCGCUACUAACAAGGCUGGAGAAAGUGAGAGGGUCAUCUCCUUUCAUAUUACCAGAGGCCUUGAAAUCAAUCUUCAGCCUAAAAUUCCUACUGAGAAGUACAAUGUAUCCUUGCUGUGCGCAGCGGACAAGCUCACUUUUGAAAAUCUGACCUGGUUUAAGUUAAGCCCUCGGACCUCCCUGACGCACCUUGGCAAGUUGCCCAUGCCUGUUUGCAAGAACCUGGAUGCUCUUCAGAAGCUGAAUGCCACAGUUGCAAGGGCCAACGGGGAAAAUGUUGCCAUGGAACUCCUUCUCUGUAACAUUUCCUUGCAAGAUAGCGGGGAUUACGUAUGCAUAGCUCAGGACAAAAAGACCAAAACACGACACUGCCUUGUCAAACACCUCACUGUUCAAGAACCAGUGGCACCCACAAUUACAGGGAACCCUGAGAAUCAGACAACAAAUAUCGGUGAAACUAUAGAAGUAUCCUGCAUAGCAAAUGGAAUUCCUUCUCCACUCAUCACAUGGUUUAAAAACAACGAAUCCCUUAUUGAAGAUUCAGGUAUUGUUUUGAAAGAUGGAAACAGAACGCUGACCAUACGAAGGGUGAGGAAGGAAGAUGAAGGUCUCUACACUUGUCGUGCAUGUAAUAUCUUGGGCUGUACAAAUGCAGCAACAUUUUUUGAAGUGGAAGGCACCGAUGAGAAAACGAACCUCGAGCUCAUUAUUCUCGUUGGAACGGCAGUAAUUGCCAUGUUCUUCUGGCUGCUCCUCAUCAUCAUUCUCCGGACCGUUAAACGGGCCAACGGAGGAGAACUAAAGACCGGCUACCUCUCUAUCAUCAUGGAUCCUGAUGAAGUUCCUAUGGAUGAGCAGUGUGAACGCCUCCCUUAUGACGCCACCAAGUGGGAGUUCCCCAGGGACAGGCUAAAGCUAGGUAAGCCACUUGGUCGGGGAGCCUUUGGCCAAGUCAUUGAAGCAGAUGCAUUUGGCAUUGACAAAGCUACUACCUGCAGAACUGUUGCAGUCAAAAUGCUUAAAGAGGGUGCUACACACAGUGAACACAGGGCACUAAUGUCUGAACUCAAAAUCCUCAUUCAUAUUGGGCAUCAUCUCAAUGUGGUUAACUUACUUGGGGCCUGCACAAAACCAGGGGGUCCACUCAUGGUGAUUGUAGAAUACUGCAAGUUUGGAAAUCUGUCAGUGUAUUUAAGAAGCAAGCGAAGUGAUUUUGUUCCAUACAAGGCCAAUAAUGCCAGGUUUAGGCAUGGAAAUGGUGAAGUCCCUGCAGACCCGAAGAAACGCUUGGACAGCAUUGCAAGUAGCCAAAGCUCCACAAGUUCGGGUUUUGGGGAGGAGCGAUCCCUCAGCGAUAUGGAAGAAGGAGAAGCAAUGUCUGAAGAUCCUUGCAAAAAUUCUCUAAGCCUGGAGGACCUCAUCUGCUACAGCUUUCAGGUGGCCCGUGGGAUGGAAUUCCUGGCAUCUCGGAAAUGUAUCCACCGUGAUCUUGCAGCUCGCAAUAUCCUCCUAUCAGAAAACAAUGUGGUCAAAAUUUGUGAUUUCGGAUUGGCCCGCGAUAUCUACAAAGAUCCAGAUUAUGUCAGAAAAGGAGAUGCUAGGCUACCUCUAAAAUGGAUGGCACCGGAAACUAUUUUUGAUAGAGUAUACACAAUUCAAAGUGAUGUGUGGUCAUUCGGCGUUCUGUUGUGGGAAAUAUUUUCAUUAGGAGCCUCGCCAUACCCUGGUGUAAAGAUUGACGAAGAAUUCUGUAGAAGACUGAAGGAAGGAACAAGGAUGAGGCCUCCAGACUACACAACACCUGAAAUGUAUCAGACCAUGUUGGACUGCUGGCAUGGAGACCCCAAGCAAAGACCUACUUUUUCAGAUUUGGUGGAGCAUCUUGGAAAUUUACUGCAAGCAAGUGUUUGUCAGGACGGUAAAGAUUAUAUUGUCCUUCCACAAACGGCAUUGCUGAAUAUUGAAGAGGAUUCUGGACUCUCCCUGCCAACCUCACCUCUUCCCUGCAUGGAAGAAGAGGAAGUCUGUGAUCCUCAGUUCCAUUAUGACAGCACAUCAGAAAUGAGUCUGCACCGCAAAGGAAGUAAAAGAAAAAGCCGUCCUGUGAGUGUAAAGACCUUUGAAUCUGUACCAGUAGAGCCAACAGUAAAAGUGGUUCAAGAAGAUAAUCAGACAGACAGUGGGAUGAUUCUAGCAUCCGAAGAGUUAAAGACACUAGAAGAGAAAUCUAAGCAACUGAUUUUGCCCUUUAGUGGGCUGGUCUCCAGUAAAAGUAAUGAGUCUGUUAUGUCCGAAGCUUCCAAUCCAACAAGUGGCUACCAAUCAGGAUAUCACUCAGAUGACAUGGACACAACAGUUUACUCUGGUGAAGAAACGGAACUUUUAACUCUCAGGGAAGAUGCUUCUCAGGCUUGCUGCACACUGGCAUAUGGCCCUAGGGUACCCCUAGGCCCUCCUCCUGUUUAAGAAACUCUCCAAAAUAACCAUUAACUGGAACUUGCAUGUAACACUGCCUUUUUCUUAAACCAGUGGUAUUUGAUGCCCGGAAUAUCUGUGAUCACAGGAAUCAGAAAAAGUAUGUGUUUCUCUACAUCUUCUUUGAUAAGAAGGCUACAAAGUGCUACAUGGAAUAGAGGAUCCGAAGUCAUUGCUUGAGAGAACUUAGAAAAAGUGACCGAGCUUUGUCUACGCCCAUGACAAUAUCCACGUAGAUGCUUUGAUGACAAGAGAGGAUGGCAACCUUUGAGACAUCCGUGAAACCACAUUUCUAUGCAAUUGUGCUGAAACCACAUUUCUAUGCAAUUGUGCAAAGAUAGAAUAGCAUUAACCAGAAUCCUUUGGAUUUUCAGUCUUGUCAGCAAUCAAGUUUCAACAGUCCCUGGACAUAAGUCUUCAGGAUGACACUGUCAGUACAGUUUGCUGGUCUUGCAAAAUUACCUUUCACUUACAUCUCUACCAUUAGAAGGAAGCUUUAGUCUAAAUCUCACUUAUAAAUACUGGUGAAACAAACUGGGGAAUACUGGUUAAAUAAACUGAGGAAGAUUGGUCAAAAGCAGAGAGACUAUCCCUCUUUUUGAAAGAGGUCAUAUUUAGGCUGCGUGGAACUUAAUCAGCUGAGGUUCUUCUUUCGAUGGACAUUUCCCACUGAAAUGAAACAUUAUGUUUUGGCUCGGUCAAUAUGUACAGAAUUAGUGGAAUGAUCCAGAAGUUUAACCUUACGUUUUGGAGAUUUUUGCUUUAUUUGAUCAACACUGUAAGGUUCCCCUUGAGACACAGCUGCGAGCUUCUUGCUAGGGAAAAACACACACAUCUUGGAUGUAGCUUCCAUGUAACCCAGCAAAUAAUGUUGUCAGUAAACUCAUGUAUUAAUUACAUUAAUUAUCAGCUGCUCAGAUUUUAUGGCAGAUGCUGUUUAAUGUAGAAAUUGUUAGAGCAAUUUCUGUGCGUUUGUUGCCCAGAGUUCCAACAACAUAUAAUGUAUAUAACACGAUUUUGUUUUUAAAAAGAAAAGAAAAGAAGGAUGUCCUGGUGCUAUUUUGACUGGUGUUACUUUUGUAUUUGUUUUUUAUUCAUGAUUUUGUAUUUUGUAUAAUAUUUGGGAACCCAUGAGUUAACAAAAAUGGCACAUAUAGUAUUUAUAGUCUGAGUAGAAAGAAAUGUAAUAUAUUAUUAAAAUAAAUAUAUAUUAUAUAUAAUGACAAUGCCAUGGGACAUUCUUCUGACUAAACAUGGAUAGGAUUGAGCUCUUACUUAUAAAUGACUCUGACCCCAGACCAAAAACUUUUCAACAUGUGAUCAUUUUGCAGUUCACAUGUAAAUAUUUCUGUUCAUCACUUUGCAUAUAGCAGUUAUGUUCCCUCUGGUGUGACAUUUGUACAUUUCCUGCUUCCAGUAUUCAUAUACAAUGGACCAACCAAUAAAUUAA